UGGUGGUUCCUAGGACAAGGUAAAUUUACAGCUUGACAAUUCUUGUUAUAAUCCGACAAACUCUAUAUAAAUUCUUGUUUUGUCUCGUUUCCAUUAAAAGUUUCCCAUCUUCAUCCAUCCAACUCUUUCCUCGCUCAAUCGUUCCCUUCAGUCUCGAGAUAUCAUGGGAGCCUGUGCGAGCAGACCUAAGAACUUGGAUUUGGAUAACCAGCCGGAACCUGCACCGGCACCAGCUCCAGCUGCGGCCCCUGCAGAAGCCCCGGCCGUGCCAGAGACCAUUCCCCAAGACAACGAAGGAGAAGUUGAGACUAAGAAGGAAGAACCUUUGAUAGAUAUUUCCGAACCAGCAAUUCAAGAAGUUCCGAAGGUCGAGGAAGAAGAAACAAAAACUGAACCAAAAGUAGCUGUUGAAGAAGUUGUCCCGGUCGAGGCACCUAAGGCUACAGAAGCCACAGAUAAGGGUGUUGAGCCAACCAAGGAAGAGAAGAAAGAGGUGGUAGAAACUGUUGAGAAGCCCACAGCUGAUGCUGCUGCCUUAAAAUCUUAAUUAGGUUGAAUUCUACACAAGAAAGGUUUAAGGUUUAUGUUGUAUUAUAUUAUUGUUCCAGAUGAUUUCAUUGUGAUAAAGUUUGGUGUGAAAGGAUUAAUAGAUAUAGAAAUCAUUUUUUU